AUGUCUAGCAUAUUCACUUCUGUGGCCGAGGAUGACCAUCAAUAUCACCGCAAGUCCGAAGGAAAACCCAAAUUGGACACAUCUUCUCAACACAAAACGAAAGAAGACAAGCUCGACUUGCGAUUACUCUUGAUAGAUCAUUACGACUCGUUUACCUACAAUUUGGUGGAUUUGUUGGCCCAAAUUUGUGUCCAUCCGCCUAUUGUGGUGGCGGCGGAUGUUGCGACCUCUUGGGAAGGAUUGGAGAAGCACUUACAGCUAUUGCUCUCGACUACAAGUGAGGACACUCCUUUCCAAAACUACCAACAGGGUGAGCUGACAUCGUUGGUCGAUCUACUGGACGGCAUUGUGCUGUCACCCGGUCCAGGUCGGCCAGAUCAGGCCCCUUUGUCAUUAGAUAUAGUUCGAAAGGCUCCCAGUAAUUUACCUAUAUUGGGGGUCUGUUUGGGACACCAAAUUUUGGGGCAUGUGUAUGGGGCUAACGUCACGUUGGCACCAAACCCAAUUCACGGACAGGUGCAAGCCAUACGGAGGGUAAAUGGUGAAGAAAACGACGAAGAUCCCUUGUGGAAGAAUAUCCCUCAUUUUAUCAAUGUAACACGAUACCAUUCCCUUCAAGUCCUUUUGGACUACAACAAGGAAAGCCCACUACUGAUACCGACUGCUCUAGCCGAAAACGACAACGUUGUUAUGGGAUUACGGCAUCAUUUGCUGCCUCAUUUUGGAGUUCAAUUUCAUCCCGAAUCGAUUGGAUCCAGCACAUGGGGGCCCGAAUUGCUGCGCAAUUUUUGUAACCUCUGUGUGGCUCGGCAAGACAGCAAUACAACCACAACACAAGCAACAAGACAGAUGACAUGGAAUACCAGCGGCAUAUUGGAUUCUCAAGAGAAUACAGUCUCACCGUUACCGGUUCUGAAGGAGCUGAUUCAGGCCACCAUUUCCACCCGCACAGGCUCAAUACAUACCACCACCAGGUCACCACCGCGAGUGUUUCUGCACCGCAUUGAAUAUACAGAAAUGGAACCGGAAAUUUUGAUGCAGACCUAUCUCGUCAACGAGCCCUACAAUUUUUGGCUAGAUUCCGCCAAUGCCGAAACAAACAAAUCAUCUUCGCAGCAAACCAUGUACAGUAUUCUUGGUGCAGCCAAAACACGGGUGGAAUAUUACGGAAAGGAAAAGAACGAUCGACGGGGAAUAUACGUGUUCGAAGAGGAGGCUUUGAAGCUCCACCUUCCCGACACCGAUGUCUUGACGUACUUGGAACAGUACCACAAUCCAAGGCGCCUUACCGAAGGAGCCACUAUCUUGUCGUUUGAAAAGAAGUGUGCCGAUGAAAGAGGCUGCAUCACUAAGCUAUUUGUGCCAGAAACAGAAUUGAGCCAGCAAGUCGGCUUCGGCUUUCGCGGCGGACACGUAGGUUAUUUGGGCUACGAGACGCGCCACGAUACAACUAGCUAUCUAGAGGCCUACGAAGGUGGAGGUACUGCUCCAACCCGCAAAGAAAAAAGCCGGUUGUCCAGCAGUACCGAUCCCCACGUUCCAACGGCUGCAUUUUUGUGGGCCGACCGUAGCUACGUCUAUAACCACCGCAAUCGAGAGUGGUACUUGGUUGGUGUAGCAGAGACGUCUGAUGACGAAAGCGCCGUCUUAGUCUGGAUGAAAAGAACAUCUCAGCUUCUGAGGAGAAGCUUCAAAAAGCCAUUAUCAUCCGAUAGCCGACUGUACCAGCAACUUGGUAAUUUGAAGUAUACUCGGCCCGUGAUGUGUAAGCCGAAUCGAAGUCGCGGAAAAUAUGAUCGCAAUUUUGACUCUUGUAUUGAAUACAUUCGACAGGGCGACUCCUACGAGCUGUGUUUGACAAAUCAAUUAGAAGCUGAUGUACCAAAACAAAACCCUUUCGAACUGUAUCAAAUUUUACGACGCCACAACCCUGCUCCUUACUCGGCGUAUUUCCACUGGAAUAUCGGUAAUCAAGGUAAUACCAACACGCCAUCUGCAUUUGCUAUCUGCUGUUCUUCUCCGGAACGCUUUGUUUCUGUGAAACCAGAUGGUAUUGUUCCUGUUGUUAACAAAAACAAUAAGCGUCUCGUUGAAGCAAAACCUAUUAAGGGCACCUGUGCCCGGGUUAUUCCAGCCCAGUAUGGACAGUGGACCGAGCAAGAAAAGCGGGACGAUCUCAUGCGAGUCGAAGCAUUGCGAAGCUCACUCAAGGAUCGGGCCGAGAAUCUCAUGAUUGUAGACUUGCUCCGAAAUGACUUGAGCCGAGUUUGCGAAACCGGCUCAGUGCACGUAGCAAAGCUCAUGGAAAUUGAAUCGUAUGCUUCUGUACAUCAAAUGGUCUCCACCAUUCGAGGCGUCAUUGAUUCCAGCACUCGUUCUUGUAUUGAUGUAUUGAAGAGCAGCUUUCCUGGGGGGAGUAUGACCGGUGCUCCAAAGCUUCGCACAAUGGAAUUGCUCGAUGAGAUCGAAGAAGGUGUGGGUCGUGGGCCCUACUCCGGCUGUUUGGGUUACAUUAGUUUGAACGGGGACAUGGAUAUGAACAUCAUUAUCCGCAGCGCAGUUUUGACUCCAAGUUCUGACAAUGUAUCCUGGAAGGUACGCGUUGGGGCUGGUGGUGCUAUUACUGCACUCAGCGAACGCGCAAGCGAAUAUGACGAAAUGCUGUUGAAGGCUUCGGCAGUUACAAAGGCAGUGGAAGUAUGGGGUCGCGCAGGGCCUACUGAUUCGGACAACCCUCAAACAGUGACAUCUACAUUCAAGAACCCACUACAAAUUCGAGUUUGA